AUGGAUGGACGGACAGAUGGAUGGACGAACAGAUGGAUGGACGGACAGAUGGAUGACAGACAGAUGGAUGGACAGACAGAUGGAUGGACGGACAGAUGGAUGGACAGACAGAUGGAUGGAUGGAGAGAUGGACGGACGGACGAAUGGAUGGACGGACAGAUGGAUGACAGACAGAUGGAUGGACAGACAGAUGGAUGGACGGACAGAUGGAUGGACAGACAGAUGGAUGGACGGACAGAUGGAUGGAUGGAGAGAUGGACGGACGGACGAAUGGAUGGAUGGAUGAUUGGAAUAUUAGCUAAUAAAGAGAGAAUUUUCUAA